AUGCCGUCCCAACGUCCCUUUUUCCUGUCUACCUUCUUCGCCGCCUUCCGCCAACAACCACCUUCUUCGCUCUACAAUGGUCAACAGCCCAACAAGAAUGCCACAGCGACGGCGCCAGGCGGCGCGACUGCCCAAGCGAACCCCACGAACUCCCCUGGCACUGUAGCGACGCCGCGCACAAUCACUACAUCCACGAGCAAUCAAGCAUCAUCGUCGAGCUCUCCAUCUGGGCGCGAAGGUGGUGUCAUGGGACAACUUCCUCUAUCACCGCGCUCGCAUCACUCGGGCAUUCCCAUUCCAGAAGGCAACCGACAUCAUCAUCAUCACCACCACCACAACAGUAGGAGGAGAGGGAGCGACAGCAGCAGUGAGGGCUUCCGCGAGGUGUCUGGCGCAGAAAAACUAUACAUUGGCGGAAGGACAGCAACAGGCGAAGAAAAGUUCUUUAAACUGGGGGUAGUACGGAGGAUUAGGAGUGGGGAUAGGUUGAGUUUGGAUCGAUUGAGUCUUUGA